CGGGCUCCGCAUCCUGCCGCCGCAGCCGCUUCGUCUCCCAGCAUGGUCAUCAAGGUUUAUAUUGCCUCCUCCUCCGGCUCCACGGCGAUUAAAAAGCAGCAACAAGAUGUGUUAGGUUUCUUGGAAGCUAACAAAAUUGAGUUUGAGGAAAAGGAUAUUGCUGCCAAUGAGGAGAAUCGGAAAUGGAUGCGUGAGAACGUCCCUGAAGACAGCCGGCCAGCAAGUGGGAACCCCCUGCCCCCCCGGCUCUUCAAUGACAGCCGGUACCUCGGGGACUAUGAAGCUUUCUUCGAGGCACGAGAGAACAACGCGGUAUAUGCGUUUUUAGGCUUGACUGCACCACCUGGUUCAAAGGAAGCUGAAGCACUGGCAAAGCAGCAAGCAUGAAUUUCAACUGCCUUAAACGUUCUGUAAAGGGAAUUUCCACAGCUUUUUAUAAAAUAGUACAAUUGUCUCUGCUUCAGGAAAUGUAGGUGUGAUUUCUAACAUUUGAUUGGUGCUUGCAGCAUUCACCUAAUACAAAUUUGAACACAAGAUGACAAUGUGAACAUAAAGUUAGAGAGCGUGGAGUGUGUUACUGCCAAGUUGGAAGCAUAGGAAUGAAGCAAUUGGACAUGAAUGAUUUUCACCUAAUUCAAACUGUCUUGGCAAGUCGUCCAUUUUGUGUAAACGUAAAGAAACUAUUUUAGUACUAAUAAUACAAAUGGGGUUAUACCUAGAGAUCCAAGUAUUUAAAACAUGGAAAACAGCAUCUAAAACCUUGUCAGAUAGUAACUUUAGUGCCUGAGUUGCCUCAAAAAUGUUACUGAAUUACACAGUAAUUUUUCAGUGUCUUUUCUGGUUUCAGAUGAAAUUGUAGGUGGUGGUGUGUAGUAUAGCCAUUGUAGUCACUUUUGAAAGUUGUGUUUGUUCUUUUGUAGAGUGAGUAUUUAAGAUUUGUAUUGUAACACACUGUACAGAUGGUAAAAACAAACAAAAAAGCCAUGUUUUUCUCAUGUAAGUGAUCCACGUGGGCCCUUUUCACAAAAAGGGAUUUGGGCAACGGAUGGCCUUUCCGUUGGCAAGUUCAUCACACAGCUGCCUAAGCACGACUCGAUUACACAUCUGUGUGCAAGGUCCAGUGCACCUCAGUGACGACUGCUCUAAUCCCCAGGCACUCCUGCAAAUAAGCCAAAACAGCCAGAAAUGGCAUUUCCUUACCUGUGUAAGGGUGAAAGCCUUUAAUGUAUUUCUCUACAAAAAUGCCAGUUCACACUGCUUAUAGCAUUAGGCAUCGUAUUGCAUGUUCAAGUAGUCAUUAGACCCAUAUAGUAUUUUUUCAAAGGAGGAAAUAAAUGUUUGAAUAGCAAGAAUAUUGUAAUUAAGCGAGACUUCUUUUUUUUUUAAGGUUUUAAAAACUUUUUUCCCAUUGUUAUUGCCAUAUCAUAAAGCUAUUGCAGCAACUGCAGAUCCAUUAAAGUGUCUUGUAUUGGUGCAAUAUUAACCUGUCUGUUCUCCCAGUGUUCCUGAGAGAGACUCUUUUUCUUGGCCAUACUCUGCAAAAAUACAGAUAAUUACAAGUGCCCUGAAGGGUGAGAAACAGGUUUUGAAAGUGUGUGGGUAACUUAAGAUGCAUUUUGCACCACAUACUUACUCCCCAAAAGCAUCAAAACACAGGAAGAAAGAUAAUUAGUCUUUGGCGUAGUUGGAGGCUAAUUCUAAUGGCUCCACGCAUACAAUUUUGAUUUUCUUUGUUCCGUGAAGACAGAGAAACAAAAGGGUACAGAUCAGCAAAAGGGUGCAUUGCCAUGUGGUUAUUUUACACUGAUGCUUUAAAAUCUGGGCAGUGCUUUUUAAAUACUUUCUGAAACUGAUUGGAGCUCUUGGUUUCAAAGUCUGAAAUUUAGGAAUAGGGAAAAAAGUCAAAACUCAACGCUUACAAAGAUGUUCUAAAGUGGAGUAAUUGGAUAGUUCCCUCACCAACCUUUCUUUGGGACUUUUGUUCUCUUCACUACCACUAAUGAUCUUGUCAAUGUCUGUUAGAAUGCAGCUUGUUGCUGUUGGCUGGAGAGCAGCUCUGCUGCCAGACAGCUCAUGGUGAAACUACUGCCGGAUCCAGUGUAAAAGUGAGUUAAAGUUAGUUAAAAUGACAUUUAAUUCAUGUUUUAUCUCUUCUGAAUUGGAGCCUGGGAGGUCAGUUUCAAGCUUGUGCUUACAUAAGCAAGCAGAGUAUCAAAAAGCACAGGGAUAGAUUAAUGUUGCCUUCACAUGCCUUUGUGCUUUUUCAUCAGCGGCUUCAUCAGUAAUUUUGUUAAAUCAUAUUUCAGUAAUUCCUGAAAUGCUGUGAAAUUUAUUUGUAAGACUGUUUGAGGAUGGAAGUUAGGUUAUGUUUUAAACCCAGUGUCUGAUUUUUGUUGCUCAGUAUGAUUUCACUUGUCUGAACCUAGGUGAUUUUUCUUUCUUAAUAUUGGCCCCAUCUUUAUGUCUCAGCUAGUGUUUAAGUAAACUCUAAACGAGUUUUGGGGAAAGUAUGGAAGCCUUGUGAAGAAAGUGGGAUUUGACACGCGAGUCGCUGUGCUCAUGCCUGUUUGCUGUGUUUCCUGUGUAAGGAAAGUAAUGGUGUAAGUUUUGUAAAUUGCAGUCAUUAUUUUGUGGAGUAUGUAAUUGGAAAUCUCUGCCAAAUUCAGCAACCCAAAACAUGCUGAAAUGAAGUUGGUCUCUGCUUCUGAUGGGCAAGAAAAUCUCCAGGUUUAAGAAAGCAAAGUCACUUCCCUCGCCUGGUCCCCCAGCCUUGCCAUAUGGUAGUGUUCAGACUGUGUCAGCAUUCCUAAGAAAGCUCUGUUGAGACAGACUGAAUUAUUUCUUUGUCCAGGGAACAAGGCACCAGCACAAACAGAAAAAUACUGAAAAUAACUCCUUGUUGUGUGUAAAACCUGCGUUCAUUCUGAUGCAGAUAUCCUGCAUGAAUUUUGGAGUGCUGGGAGUCUGCUGCCUGUUUGCUGGUUUUCUGUACUGUACCUGUGUUGGGUUAACAAUGGGCACAAGAACGGAAUUUGUUCAUUUAUCUGUUGUUUUUCUAUGUAGAAGGCAGGCAUUGAGGAUUUACCGUGUAUAUUAACCAUUCCUGUAUCAUUCCAAUAAAAUCGGUUUAGAAUGCUUUCUCACA